UCCCGAAUCCUCGUUGCUCAAAGGGUUUUGAACUUUCCUUUCUCCCUCUCCGUUAUCAUCUACCAGGGUUUUAGAGAGGAACUCUUCUCUAUCUCUAAGACAUGGAGUCUUGUGCUAAAGUACACUGCCGUCACCAACCUCUCCACCUCUCUUUCAAUCACAACCGUCCAUCAUUUCCUAAACCCAUCUCCUCUCUCUCCUUCAGAACUUCGCCGAUCAAGUUAUCCUCCAUCAGAGCUUCAUCUUCCUCAUCAUCCUCCUCAGCUCCGCUCUGUCAAAACCCCAAGCCUUCACUUUUCCAAACGUUAACCCCUCUGCUCAAAACCACUUGCAUUGCCGUAACCGUGGCCGCCGCACUCUUCUCCACGCGCUUCCACCAAAAACCCGCACUUGCCGCCCCGAUAGUAACGCCCACUGUGGAGUCCACCUCGACGGACACGAAUAUCUCCUUAGAAGAUCAAGAAAAAACCAUCGAAGAACACUUAACUCAAUACCCAAAUGACGCUGAAGCUCUACGGUCUCUCAUGGAGGUGCGGAUCAAAGCAAAGAAACUGCAACAAGCUAUAGAAGUUAUCGACAUUUUGAUCGAGCUCGAACCCGAAGACACAGAAUGGCCCAUGUUAAAAGCCCAAAUCCAUAGCUACGGUGGCGAUUUCGAGCUAGCCAAGAAAGAAUUCGAAGAAAUAUUAGCUAAGGACCCGGUUCGGGUCGAGGCUUAUCACGGGCUUGUAAUGGCUUAUUCUGAGUCGGGGCAAAAAAUGAAAGAAUUAGAAAAAAGAAUUGAAGGGGCAAUGGAGAAGUGCAAGAAAGAGAAGAAAUAUAAAGAUUUUAGGGAUUUUAAGCUAUUAAUUGCGCAAAUUCGGGUAAUUGAAGGGAACCAUUGGGAAGCUUUGAAGGUUUAUGAGGCUCUGGUUAAGGAAGAGCCGAGGGAUUUUAGGCCUUAUUUGUGUAUGGGGAUUCUUUAUACUUUAUUGAAGAAGAAAGAUGAGGCUGAGAAACAGUUUGAAAAGUUUAGGAAACUUGUUCCUAGGAAUCACCCUUAUAGGGAGUAUUUUGUUGAUAACAUGGUGGCAACGAAGAUUUUUGGAGAAAAAGCUGAGAGAGAAGGAGCAGGAAAGAUUUGAGAGAAAUGGGUUGUUCUUUAUCAAACGUGAAGAUUGGUGAUUUUUGCAAAGAGGUUGUCAGUUGCAAGUAGACAGCGUAGUAAGAAUCCACCAGUUGCUCUGUUUGGACUUGUUCAAGUCAAGUACAUUAUUGAACUCUACAGUUUUAAUCUAGGCUAUUGAGUUAAUAUCUUACUGGAUUGUUGAGCAUUCCAGGGAAAUGUUUGGGGUGCUCAACGGAUUAUAGUCCAGCUUCAUUGUUACUAUAUUCCUGCAGAGCUUGUGUAAGAUUAACAGUGAGGACUGUGCAGAAAAUUUUGUAGAUAUUAAUGCAUAUGCUAUUUCUAUGCUGUGCAUGUAAUAAAUGGACCCAGUAUUGAUACUUCGAUCA